AUGAGUGGCUACAGAUCUGUGAUUAAGAGCUUUCCCUUCAGCAUGAAGGAAGUCAAGGCCAAGAGAGAGGUGCCAGGAGACCUUCUGGGGCUCAAGGACUGGGCUGGACUCCUGGGUCCCCAAAAAGGCCAGGACUUAGGCCUGGGGCCCGAGCCAAGAGCUGAAAGGCGGGCCUCCAGUGAGGCCGGGGGCGGGGCCUCUGGCGAACGGCGGGGUCGAGCCGGGAGAGGCGCCGUGGCGUCGGUGUCCGGGAGCCGCCGGGUCCGUCGGCCGCCCUCGCUGGGCCGCGUGGCGGUGGUGGUAGACCAGGGCUCGGGCUUCAUCAAGGCGGGCUUCGGGGGCGAGCGCCAGCCCCGCCUGGUGCUGAAGAGCUCCAGCCUGGUGCCCACCUGGGACCGGCCGGUGUGUACCCGCGCACGCGGCUGCGGGCUGGCGGGCCGCGUGGAACGGGCGCACCCCAUCAAGCACGGCGUGGUGGUGGACUGGGAGGCACUGGAGGGGCUGUGGGAGCGCCUGCUGGUGGGCGGCCUGCGGGUGUGCCCGGAGCAGUGGCCCGUGCUAGUGAGUGACUCGCCGUCGGCGCCGCCCGCGAGCCGCGAGAAGGUGGCCGAGCUGCUGUUCGAGGCCCUGGUGGUGCCUGCGUGCCACGUGGCCAGCACGGCGUUGUUGGCGCUCUGCUCCACUGGCGCGUUCAGCGGGCUGGCCGUAGAGGCAGGUGCAGGCGUGUGCCACGCCACACCCGUCUAUGCGGGCCACUCGUGGCACGAGGCCACCUUCCGGCUGGACAUCGCAGGCAGCACCCUGUCGCGCUACCUGCGGGACUUACUGGUGGCAACGUGCCCUGAUCCAUCGCUGCGGGCCUUGCCCCGCAAGGCCAUCACACAGCUCAAGAAGCGCUGCUGCUAUGUGUCGCUGGACUUUGAGGGUGACCUUCGUAACUCUGACCGCCACCAUCCGGUCAGUUUCUGUUUAGGCAACGGGUGCUCUUUCUGCCUCAGCAGCGAGCGCUUCCGCUGCCCGGAACCCAUCUUCCAGCCGAGUCUGCUAGGCCAGGCCGAGCCAGGACUGCCUGCACUGGCCUUCCAGGCACUGCAGAGGGUCCCUGCGACUCUAAGGACGCGGCUGGCCGAUACCGUGGUGCUGGCCGGUGGUUCCACGCUUUUCCCUGGCUUCACUGAGCGCCUGGAAAUGGAGCUAGAGGCGCAGUGCCGGAGGCAUGGCUAUGGGGCACUGCGGCCUCACCUGGUGGCCAAGCCUGGGCGUGGCACAGCAGUGUGGACAGGUGGCUCCAUGGUGGCCUCCUUGCGUUCCUUCCAACAGCGCUGGAUAACCCGGGCCAUGUACCAGGAGUGUGGCUCCAGGCUGGUGCACGAAGUGUUCAACUGAGUCAUGUUGGACUGGAGGGGAGGUGCCACAUGAGGGGCACGGUGGGCUGAGCUAUAGCUCUAUCAGAGGCAUUGAGUGCCAAAUAAAAGUCUCAAGUGAUUGGAGGUGGCAGAGUCAUCAUGUGCUGAUGGGUCACUCCUACCCCUUACUGAGCCAGGAGGAGGUGGUCGAGAUCCCAAGGACCCUCACUUUGACCUGCAGUUUGGAUCUACCAUAACCAGUGCCAGUUCAGAGAAUACCAGUCCAGGUGCCUACUCCCAGGGCCCCGUUUCCAUGGCAACAAGGAAGAUAACACUCCCACUUGUGUCCAGGCCACAGAUAUGGAAAUUAUCACAACACAUCAACUGCUCAUCAUGUACUAUUUGGAUUCCCAUCCUAUGCUAAGCCUCAAGGGCAGAAAACCUACUAAAACCCAUGGAGAAGCAACCAGAAAAGGAAACCCUGUCCUUAGCUGAUCAU